AUGACGACCGCUGCACUCUCCGUAACCCCCGAACUGCACGGAAUAGUGCAUGGGAAGGGUAACCCCCCAGGUACUCUGGAAGAAUUGAAUCGACUUCUCCAAAAGAAUCAUGAGACAUUUCACAUCUUCUUCCGCCCUAUGGGUGGGAUGAACCACAUUUCACAUAGUAUCCUCACCUGCUACGCGCUGGGCGCCGACCCCAGACAGCUCCAAGACCGCUACCACGAUGAGGGAGUGUCACAGAAGCCGAUGCCCCCCCUCGACAUGGAGCUGCUCGCAAAGCUCGACAACCCCGAGAUUUUCUCCCAGCACAUGUAUGUCAAGGCACAGUACCAGACAUUCUUAAGGUUCUUCGAACGUAAGAUUGUCGCCAGCGGGUGGAAAGCCGUGGUGCACGAGUUCCUCUUCUCUCGCUCCCGGAUCGCCAAUCGUAUGCUCUGUGCCAUGUUCGACGGGCUGUUUCACGCACUAAUCCACCUGGGACUGGCUAUCGAAUUCGACCUCCCGGGACUUGCGGCGGAGGCGCUGGCCCAGGCCGCCACCAACGACGACAGCGACAUCGAAAAGCUGUUUGCGAUGUGCGAGACCGAGGCUUUAGCUCACGACGACCGGCCGCCGACGACGAUACUGCAGUUAGUUCACGAGGUCCGUGCCAGCGAGGAGAUCCGCACGGCGCCGCGCUGGUCGGACUUGGGGCUCAAGAUGCGCAACGGCUUGGUAGCGCGCGGCGGCGAGGCGUUUGCGCGGCUGGCGGGACGCUUCCGCAUCGCGGCCGACGAAGACGAACUGGCUCGACGCACGGCGGAGAUGAUGAGCGUGUGUGCGUACCUAUGCGGAGCGGCGCAGUUCCCCGGCAAGAAGACCAAGAUCGACUUCUUCUGGAUGCACGAGGUCACCAGCAGCCUGUUCCUAGGCAUACUGGCUAAGCAGAAAGACUGGAUCUCGCUGGAAGACCGCGUGCUCCUCAUGGAACGCAAGGUGCGCACCGACUUGGCCUGGUAUGCAUGCUCGGGAAGCCCAGCGUUAGAUGAAAAUUUUCUUCCGAACUACUCGAACCCCGAGAGCGACGGCUGGAGCUGGGAGGACCUGUACAGGGCUGUCGUCAAUGAACACGACGACGGCCACGCGGCCAAGUUCAUCCGCGCUUGCAAAUACGCCGAGGAGACGUGUGCAGAAUUUGAGAACGGCAAGUGGGACGACUACCUGCCUGUGAAGGGAGACAUGUGGCUUAAGCUGGCGAGAAUGUGUCAUGACACCACUAAGAACACCGAGAUUGACUUCAAGUGGGUUCGGUUCACUGGAUUCCCGGAGGCAUGGCAGCGACCGGAUCUGCUUAAUUAG